AUGAGCAGCUUCAGCCCCCGUGAGAUCGUCUCUGAGCUCGACCGCUUCAUCGUGGGCCAGGACGACGCCAAGCGCUCCGUCGCGAUUGCGCUCCGCAACCGUUGGCGGCGCCAGCGGCUCGCCGACGAUCUGCGCGAAGAGGUGAUGCCCAAGAACAUCCUGAUGAUCGGGCCGACCGGCGUCGGCAAGACCGAGAUCGCACGCCGCCUCGCGCGCCUCGCCCAGGCGCCAUUCAUCAAGGUCGAGGCGACCAAGUUCACCGAGGUCGGCUAUGUCGGCCGCGAUGUCGAGCAGAUCGUCCGCGAUCUCGUCGAAGUCUCGAUCCACAUGACCCGCGAGCGCAUGCGCAAGGAGGUCUCGGCCAGGGCCGAGCUCAACGCCGAGGAACGGGUGCUCGACGCGCUGGUGGGCAAGAACGCGAGCAAGGAGACCCGCGGCAAGUUCCGCAAGAUGCUGCGCGACGGCUCGCUCUCCGACAAGGAGGUGGAUAUCGAGGUGAGCGAAUCCGCGGGCUCGUCGCUGCCCACCUUCGAGAUUCCCGGUAUGCCCGGCGCCCAGAUGGGCAUGGUCAAUCUCGGCGACAUGUUCGGCAAGGCUUUCGGCGAGCAGAAGUCAAUCAAGCGCAUGUCGGUGGAGGAGUCCUACGAAGCCCUGAUGGCGGAGGAGAGCGACCGCCUGCUGGAUCAGGAUUUGGUCGUGCGCACCGCGCUGGAGAACGCCCGGAACGACGGCAUCGUUUUCAUCGACGAGAUCGACAAGAUCUGCGCCCGCUCGGACCGUCUCGGCGCCGACGUGAGCCGCGAGGGCGUGCAGCGCGACCUGCUGCCGCUGAUCGAGGGCACCACGGUCACAACCAAGCACGGCGCGGUGACCACCGACCACAUCCUCUUCAUCGCCUCCGGCGCCUUUCACCUGGCGAAGCCGGCGGACCUCUUGCCGGAGCUCCAGGGGCGGCUGCCGAUUCGCGUCGAGCUGAAUUCGCUUGCUCGCGAUGACCUGAAGAAGAUCCUGACCGAGCCCGAAAACAACCUGAUUCGCCAGUACCGAGCAUUGAUGGAGACCGAGAACGUGACGCUCGACUUCAGCGACUGCGCCAUCGACGCGGUGUCGGACCUCGCCGCCGAGGUCAACCACGCGAUCGAGAAUAUCGGCGCGCGCAGGCUGCACACGGUGAUGGAGAAGCUCCUGGAGGAGAUCAGCUUCGAGGCGGCCGACCGCUCGGGCGAGACCAUCACCAUCGAUGCGGCCUACGUGGAGGCCCGCGUGGGCGACCUUGCCAAGGACACGGACCUCAGCAAGUUCAUCCUCUGA